AUGGACCAAACGACUGACGAGAAAGAUGCUGCGCCGAGCGGUGAGCCUCUCGUGCGCUCUUCUUCUGAAUGCAGUGUCCCUGAAGGGGAAGUUUUGCAUGCAGGUCCAAAUGGGUUGCCUUCCGCUGAAGAAUUCGCUUCAAGUCUGCUUGGGAAGUGGAUUGAACAGGCUGAUGUUUUGAAGCUUUUCGAUUGCCUCCCGAAAGCUGCGCCGCAACGCGGCUCCGGUGGCGGCAUUUCAUUUACCACUGGGGCCUUUGCCAAGGUCAAGGUGGGACUCCGGAGCAAUGUCGCUGUUUUUCCAAAGUCCACGCAGGUGCUGGCUGCUUUUGUAAGGCAGUCUGCUCCUGCCCACAAGUUCACAACCGUCGUGCUUUUUGAUGGUGUUGGCACGGACCCGCAUCGUGACCAGCAGAAUUCCUUCUUGCCUAAUUUGGCCAUUCCCUUGUCCCGUUUUACUAAAGGUUCAAUUUGGGUGCAAUCCAGCAAGGGUCCCCAUACUCGGACUGUUGAUGGCGCAACCCUUCAAGGGGUGGCAUUGCCUGUGUCGAAUGGCCCUGUCCUGUUUGAUGCACGCAGGCAGAUGCACCUCACUGAUUCGUGGCAGGGCAGGAGGGUCAUUUUGGUUGCUUUCUCUAUUUCGGCCUUUGAUAAGCUGUCUCUCGAGGCCUCGCAACGCUUGAUUUCACUUGAUUUUGCCUUGCCAACCGAGCCAGAGGUCGAGCACUUCCGUGAGCACCCACAGCUGCCUGCUCGCCUGCCGUGGCCGCCGCGUUUCCCUCUGCUGUCGAGUGCUUCAGCAACCAAGGCUUUUACCGAGGCGUUGGUUCCCAAAGAACCACUUUUUCUUGAGCUAUGUGCCGGCACCGCCAUGCUUUCUCGCUGCUUUCGUGAAGCGGGUGUGCCUGUCAUGCCCAUUGAUCACCAGCACAACCGCCAUCAUCCGUUGGCGCAGGUCUGCAAUCUCAGCUUGACCGAGGAGUCCACUUGGGUCUUCUUGCGCAAUUUGGUGCGUGAUCAUCCUAUACUCUUCGUGCACGCUGCCCCGCCUUGUGGCACGUGCUCCGCAGCGCGCAACAUAAAGCGAAAAGGGGUGUCCGUGGCCCCGCUUCGCUCUCCUGAGCAUCCCAUGGGUUUGCCUUCGCUGACUGGUGUCAACCUUGAGAAGGUCAAGGCUGCAAAUAAAAUUUACGUUGGCCUUGCCCAGUUUCUUGAUUUGCUUUGCAGGUCCAACAUCCCAUGGACAGUUGAAAAUCCUGAGUCAAGCAUGCUUUGGCAGCUGCCCUGUUUUGCUCAUUUGGUAAGGGUCAAUUUCGACAUGUGUUGCUAUGGUGGUGCACGAUUGACCCACCGUACGCUGCUUACUUCUUGUGAUGCCAUCGAACAUUUUCGCCAGCGCUGUCCGGGUGGGCACGACCACCUUCCGUGGAAGCCACAGCGCCGCGCUGAUGGCACGAUGUCUUUUCCUACUGCGCAGGAGGCAGCCUACCCCAGGCCCUUUUGCCAACAGUUCGUGGCGCUGGUCUUUAGGCACUUGGGUCGUCCCUUGCCUGUGCACCCUACUGCGGCCACGUCUGCCGCUGCUGCCACUUCUUCUGCUCGGCAACCUCGCGGGCGUAAACUGCCUCCUGUUAUGCCUGAGUUCAAGCGUGUGCUUCUCUACCAAGUUCAUGCUCUGCCGCCUGUUGAUUCCAAGCGGUGCAUUUUGCAACCCCUCCGCGAUGCUCCUUCUGGGUCCAAACUUCUCUCUUCGACCUCUUUACUGCUAAGCGGGGGUGGUUCUGGGUCUUCGUUGAAGUUUUCCCGGGAUGAGGUUGUGCACUCGGAUAGUUCUAGCAGUGAUGCCAGCAGUUGCGAAUCCGUGCACGGUUCCGACAGUGAUGCAUCCUGUGCGCGGACCUUGGAGCCUACUAGCGAUGCGAGAGCUUUUGAGGUUCGCCUUGGUGUGUACGCCUCUCCCGAUGAAUUUCUUGAUGGGUGCAGAAGGGUUACUCAUCCUUUCGAUCACCUGCGUGCCGCUCCUGAUCGUCUCAAACAAUGCAUUUUUGACAUGUUGGUCAAUGGGCCGACCUGGGUUGUGCAACGGAGGGCGGCCCUACUCAGGAAGUGGACGUCCUGGGCCUCCGACCUCGAAGGCGAGGAACGUGCUUUGAAGGAGGCGCUUGAUCCUCAGGUCGCCAAGGUUUUGCAAGGAAAAAGGCUAAAGCUUCUGGAGCGUAUUGCCGGCUCCCUUGGUUGGGUUGACAUGAAGGUUUUUGAUGAACUGCGCAAUGGUUUUGACUUGGUGGGCCAUCAUGAACACACUGGCGUUUUCGCUCACGAGCCCAGGCCACCUAAGUUGGCCGAAAGUGAUUUCAUUAGUGCCGCACAGUUUCUGCAGCCCGCUUUACUUGGAAAGAUUCGUGCUUCUGCAUCCGAUGCGAAUGCUCGCGAGCUGUGGGACAAGACUCUUGAUGAGGUGGCUGAUGGCAUUCUUGAGGGACCGCUUUCUGCUGAGGAGUUGUUGUCUCGACACGGGCCGUGCUGGCUCCCUACUCGCCGGUUCGGCGUUGAACAGACUUCCUCCGCCGGCCGUAAACUUAGACCUGUUGAUGAUUUCACUGAGAACAAAGUCAAUUUGGCUUUCGGCUCGAUGGAUAAGCUUGAUCUUAACGCGCUUGACGAGUUGAUUGGGAUCAGCAGGUUGUGGAUUCGGGUUCUGAACGGGCCGCCCGAUUUCACAAUCCCUCUUUCAACUGGUGAAUCCUUGAGUGGUCGUCUGCAUGACGGCUGGAAGAAGGUGGGGUACGAGCCUCUCCUCACUACCUUGGACCUCCGAGCGGCUUAUAAGCAAUUUGCGGUUUCUGCGAAGUCGCGGGCCCUGGCAAUAAUCGCAUUGCUUGACCCUUCUACUGCUGAGCCUGGACUCUUUGAGUCGAAGGCCCUACCUUUCGGGAGUUCCGCUUCGGUGCUUCACUUCAAUCGCCUUGCGCGCCUAUUCUGGCGCAUCGGCGUGGAGCUGUGCGUGCCUUGGUGCAACUUUUACGAUGACUUCCCUGUCAUGUCUCCGAGUGGCAUUGCUGACAACACCAUGGAGACCAUGAUUGCCCUGUGCCUGGUCCUAGUCAGGAACAAGCCUGGCCGGGCCGAAGAGCUCAUUGCCUCUCUUGACGAAGUCCUUGAGGAAGGUUUGAUUUCUCGGAAGCGGUAUCUAAGCUUAAUGGGUCGCCUGCAUUACACCGACUCGUACAUCCUUGGCAAGGCUGGACGGCUCUUCAUGGCCGAGGUCAGGUCGUGGGCAAAGUCGCAUUCUGGACCUGAGUUGAAGCUUGAUGAGUGUGUUCGGAGCUCUCUUGAGCGGUUGCUGAAACGACUUCGUUGUGGCACUCCUCGCCAUGUCCCUUGCUCUGUCGCCGAUCACGUUGUGCACAUUUACACCGAUGGAGGGAGCGAAGGUAGCUCUCACACCGUUGGCGGGGUGUUGAUGAUUCAGAAUCAGGUUCACGCUUACUUUGGUUGCUCUGUCCCUGAUGUCCUAGUCUCGCGUUGGGCUGACUCCAUGUGUCACUUUAUUGGGCCCAUUGAGGCCUAUGCCGUUGCCGUCGCGAGGAAGGCUUGGCACCAAUUCAUCGCGGGACACAGAUGUAUCUUCUACAUAGACAAUGUGCCAGCGCAAGACGCCUUUAUCAAAGGCACCUCUGUAAAUCAUCAUGUCAGGGACAUCUUGUUGUCUUUUGAGGCGGCCGAAGAGCUCAGUGCUUCUUGGUCUUGGUUCGCCCGUGUAGCCAGCCAGAGCAAUGUGGCGGAUGCUCCGUCGCGUGGCGACUUCGCCGAUCUGCUUAAUUCUGGGAUUACUAAGAAGGGGUGA